CACAGCGAACACAUGAAUAAAGCGAUUUGUAGCCUCGAUUUCUGAAGGUCUAGCGCUAUAUAUGGAGGCUGCUCUGCUGCGCAGUGAUCCUACGUCUGCUCUGUUCUACGCGGAGCAUUUUGUGUUGCGGUGGUUGUUUGUUGGUGUGUUGAGGAAUUAAGCGAGCUAGAGCUUGCCGCGGUUGCAUUUCAGCCUGAUGCUGUAGCUGCUUGGGGGGAGGAGCUCGUGUCGACGGCUCGUUUCAGCUCGUAUCGCCUAUGUUUACAGAGUUUCCCCUUGCUGCUGCUGAGAUGUCAACUGAACUGACAUGGUCCAAAGAACAGAUCAGGAAACCAUCCAAUUCAAUGGAGUCUUUAGACUUGGAUUCACCUUCCCCUGUCCGAACCCAAGUAUUGAACGAAAAGAAAUAUUUGAAUGAGGAUGAACAAGUCAUCCCUGACAUUGUUUCUUUUAAAUUUAGCUGUGAUUCUUUUGAGGAAAUUGGAUCUACCUCUUUUCAUGGGAUAAGUCACCCUCCUGAACCUGUUGACUCAGACAGGAUCCCAGUCUACGUGCCGAUUGACCAGAAUGAUGAGGGAAAAUGUUCAGUUACAAGCUUGUCUGUGAAUGGCUCUUUUCUGGAGGAUUAUCCAAUCAGGGACAGGGCACUGAGUGUUGAAUCAAACCAAUCAUUUCUUUCUCGGUUUGGGACCUUGAUCAAAGAACAUAAUGACUCAUCAGUGACUCUCUCAUCCCCAUUUCCUGUUUCCCAUCCCUCACAAAACAAGGAAGCAAGUCCACUGCCAGGUUCUAAUGCAAAAGAAUGCAUAUCGGAUGAUUCAUCUCCUCCAACCGGCAUUGUUAGUCCACAUAGCAGUAUUGAAAGUAUGGGUGGUUCCAAAGCUCUGAGCAAUGUCAAUGGCCGAACUAGCACUUGCUACAGUGAUAGCAUGACGAGUGAUGGCAUGCUUAGUUUGGAGAGGGAGUAUGAGAAUACCAAACAUGCAGUUCCUGGGGAUUCUCUUGAGAGUACCAACACUAGCAUUAGCCAAACUAGCGACGGCAGUGGUCUUAGCGAUGAAAGUAAUUGUAGCAGCCUCACUAGUGCAAAAAAGCCUCACAAAGGAAAUGAUCCCAGAUGGAAAGCUAUACUUGCUAUUCGAGCUCGUGAUGGUUGUUUGGGUAUGAGCCAUUUCAGGCUACUGAAAAGGCUUGGUUGCGGGGAUAUUGGAAGCGUGUAUUUGUCUGAACUAAGCACAACCCGUUGCUUCUUUGCAAUGAAAGUAAUGGACAAGGCAUCCCUUGCUAGCAGGAAUAAAUUAGCUCGAGCCGAGACUGAGAGAGAAAUCUUGCAGAUUCUUGAUCAUCCAUUCUUGCCAACAUUGUACACCCAUUUUGAGACAGACAGCUUCUCUUGCUUGGUCAUGGAAUAUUGCCCGGGUGGAGAUCUUCAUGCCCUUAGGCAACGACAGCCCGGAAAAUACUUCCCGGAGUAUGCUGUUCGGUUUUAUGCAGCUGAAGUUCUAUUAGCUCUUGAGUACCUCCACAUGCUGGGAGUGGUAUUCAGAGACCUAAAACCCGAAAAUGUCCUGGUUCGCGAUGAUGGCCACAUUAUGCUUUCAGAUUUCGACCUUUCCCUUCAAUGUUCAGUAUCACCAAUCCUCAUGAAAUCCUCUGGGCUCAAUUCUGAUCUUUCGAAACGAGGAGCUGCAUUCUGCACACGGCCAGCUUGUAUGCAGCCAUCAUCGGCAUGCUUCUUUCCGCGAAUUUUCCCUAUAAAAAGUAAGGUAAAAUCUCGAAAGCCCUGGCAUCCUCAUGUAGUGUCAUCCACCACUUUACCGGAGCUAGUUGCAGAACCUACGGCUGCUCGAUCAAUGUCAUUUGUCGGAACACACGAAUACUUGGCCCCUGAAAUUAUUAAAGGUGAAGGUCACGGCAGCGCCGUGGACUGGUGGACAUUUGGCAUAUUCUUGCAUGAGCUGCUGUAUGGUAAAACACCUUUCAAAGGUGCAGGAAACCGUGCUACGCUUUUUAAUGUAGUUGGCCAACAGCUCAAAUUCCCGGAUUCGCCGUCAACCAGCUCUGCCAGCCGGGACUUCGUUCGUGCAUUGCUUGUAAAGGAGCCACAAAACCGGUUGGGAGCGAAGAGAGGAGCCUCUGAGAUCAAGCAGCACCCGUUCUUCGAAGGCGUUAAUUGGGCUCUAAUACGGUGCAGCACUCCUCCGAGAGUGCCGAGGCCUGUCGAGGCUGAGUUCGGCCGGAGAUUCCGACAAGCUGACAACAAUGUAGGAGCGGAUGCUGGCGGACAAAUGGCAGCAAGAGCACACGGGCAAUCCAGAGGUAAGUUUCUGGACUUCGAGUUCUUUUAAUUAGUAGUUUUGAGGAAUGAGUAUCUAUCUCUCUAUAUGUUGUUACUGCCUGCCCUGCAUUUUGUGAUCUAAGUGUUUCUUGUGCUUUAUUUAUUUUAUUAC